GAGACCUCAUGGCUCUGCCCAGCAGUGACUGUGUCAUGGCAGAGCAGCUAUGUCUCUCUGACUCCACCUGCAAUGCCACAUACAGGACCCUGGAAAACUGUGCCCUGGCCAAGACUCGCCUCCUUUCACUGGAUCAUGAUAGCAGGGUCAGAUGUCUGAAUGCAGAGCUUGACCUCGGGAACAGCUCUUUGCUGCACUGCAAGUGCCACCGGCGCAUGAAGAGACAGGAGCACUGCUUACGCAUUUUCUGGACCGUUCACUCCAGCAUGACAGAUGGUUAUCUCAAUUUGGAGACCUCUCCCUAUGAGAAUUCAGCAAAUGAAGAACACUGGAAGACAGAUUAUAAUAAACUGGCAGCUCUGGUAUCAGGCUCACAGUUAGCAGGAGAUGCAACAAAUCCAUGUUUGAGAGCAACACACAUCUGUAAUCUGAGCAAGAAGUGUUUUCGUCUGCGCACAGACUAUGCCUCCAUCUGCACCAAGGGAGCAGCAAGUGAGGAUGUGUGUGACCGGCGCAAGUGCCACAGAGGGCUAAGGAAUUUCUUUGAAAAAGUUCCUGAGGAUUUCACCAAAAGGAUCCUGUUCUGUCCAUGUCAAGAUGAAUUUUGUGGAGAAAGACGCCGCAAAACUAUUGUUCCUGAUUGUUCUUUCCAGUAUAACACCAAACCGAAUUGCCUCUGGCUUCUGGACUCCUGCUUAGAAGACCAUAUCUGCAAAUCCCGAUUGGCUGACUUCCAACAAAACUGUCAACCUGUAGACAUGUCUCCAGAUGGCUGCUCUCUGCACAACCAUGCUGCAUGCCUGCAGGCUUACAUGGGGAUGAUUGGCACACCCAUGACACCCAACUAUGUCAGUAACUCCAGCGUGGAGGUUUCCUUGUGGUGUACAUGUGAGAACAGUGGCAACCAGAAGGAGAAGUGUGACCAGAUACUCGGCAUGUUUGAGAGCAACAAAUGCCUUGAAAAUACCAUUUGGUCUCAAAUGCACCUGAAGCAGACAGCUCUAGAAAGACAGGAAGACUUAUUUUAUUCAUCUUCCCUAAGCUUCCAAGGAGACAGUGCCAGCACAUCUCUCUCUUCGGCAAUGUCCCAGGUGGCUGAAGGGAAGACACAACGAGACAGCUCCAAACAGAGCAGUAUGCCUAUGGCCUCCUCUGUAUUUUCUGGAGCUGUUACUUCCUGGCCUUCUCUGGCUCUGUUCCUGCCCCUGUUGCUUAGCCCACAUUAAUUGGGUAUAAAAGGAAUCUUUCCUUCCCAUAUUAUUAAUAUUAUUCCACAUCCAGGCAUGUCCCAAUACAGAUUUACCUUUGGGAAACAGAAGGCUUGCAGACAAGAGGAACGGCCUUAACACAGAACGGCAGUCACUGGAAACCUCCCACAUACUUGCACCCUUCUUUCCCCCUGUCAGUUUGCGCUGAGCUCUGCAGGUACAGUUCUCACCAUUGCUUCUGCUGUGUACACAUUCUGAGUAACGGGUUAAUCUUCCAGCUUAAUAGGUUAAAUCAAAGGUCUGAUUUCUUUCAGAAUUUGUGCAGAGUUUCGUUUCUGACUGUAGGGAUGAUCUGACAGUGUCUCCGACCACCCCACCAUCUGAAGCUCCUCCUCAGGCAUACAAUCAUUGAAUGGUUUGGGUUUGAAGGGACCUUAAAAAAUCAUUUGGCUUCAACCCCCAUGCCACAGGCAGGGACUGCCUUCCACUAGUCCAGGUUGCUGCAAACCCCAUUCAACCUGGCCUUGAACACUUGGAGGGAUGGGGCAAGCACAGCUUCUCUGGACAAUCUAUGGCAGUGCAUCACC